ACCAUCGGGGCUGCCUUCGUGGCCAAGGUGAUGUCCGUGGGGGACCAGACGGUGACCCUGGGGAUCUGGGUGAGUGCUGGGUCCAGGAGGGAGGGGGCUGACGCUGACCACUCUCCCCCAGAUCUCACUGACAGCAGCAGUUUCCAGCGAGCCAAGUUCUGGGUGAACGAGUUGCAGAACUGCGAGGAGGGCUGCCGGAUCUACCUGUGUGGCACCAAGAGCGAUCUGCUGGAGGAGGACAGGAGGAAGCGGGGAGUCGACUUCCACGACGUGCAGGACUACGCUGAUGAGAUCAAGGCAGAGCUGUUUGAGACCUCCAGUAAGACAGGCCAGAGUGUGGAUGAGCUGUUCCAGAAGGUGGCUGAGGACUACGUCCACUUGACUGCCUUCCAGGUGAUGACAGAGGAGAAGGGCGUUGAUCUGGGCCAGAGGAGUGGAUCCUACUUCUACAGCUGCUGCCACCACUGAGACCUCCUGCCAAAAG